AUGAAUACAUUUCAUCCUCCUCCUCCUCCUCCUCUUCUUCUUCUACUUUUUCUUUUACCUCUUCUUCUUUUUCUCCCUCUUCUUCUUCUUCUUCUUCUUCUUCUACCCCUAUUCUUCUUUUUCUCCCUCCCCUUCUUCUUCUUCUUCUACUACCCCCUCUUCUUCUUUUUCUCCCCCUUCUUCUUCUUCUUCUACUCUCUCUUCUUCUUCUUCUCUCCUCCCUUUCUUCUUCUUUUUUUUUCUUCCCCUCUUCUUCUUCUUCCCUCCCUCCUUCUUCUUCUUUUUUUUCUACCCUCUUCUUCUUCUUCUUCUCCCUCCCUUCUUCUUCUUUUUCUUUUACCCCCUCUUCUUCUUCUUCUCCUCCCUUUCUUCUUAUUCUUUUUCUUCUACCCCCUCUUCUUCUUCUCCGCCCUCCCCUUCUUUUUCUUCUCCUCCCCUCCCCUUCUUAUUCUUCUUCUUCUUCUACCCCCUCUUCUUCUUUUUCUCCCCCUCGACCUCUUCUUCUUCUUCUCUCCAGCUAUGGAUUAA